UCCUCUUGGUAUGGAGUCUGGUGCCAUAUCUGAUGAGAGUAUCACGGCGUCCGGUUACUACAAGCACUACCCGUGGGACCUCAAUCAUGCUCCCUAUCAUGCUCGGUUAAACGGACGUGGGGGUGCAGGCGCCUGGGUAGGCAGCGGUGGACCGAGGUGGCUUCAGGUGGAUUUAGGAGACAUAAAACACAUCACCGGCACCAUCAGUCAGGGUCGCCACUGGAAUCAUGCCCAAUGGGUGACCUCCUACAAACUACAGUACAGUACAGAUGCAACACGUUGGACGAUAUAUUCAGACAGCGAUGGCUUAGAUAAGGUCUUCCGAGGCAACAUGGACAUGCGAACCCCUGUAACUAACAUGCUUUGUGAACCCAUUGAGGCCCGGUAUGUGCGUUUUCUUCCCCAGACCUGGGAUGGUGGCCAGGCAAUGAGGGUGGAGAUUCUGGGCUGCGGCACAUACACCUGUCGCAAUCCUCUUGGUAUGGAGUCUGGUGCCAUACCUGAUGAGCGCAUCACGGCUUCCGGUUUCUAUAAGCACUACCCAUGGGACAAUAACCACGCUGCCUAUCGUGGUCGAUUAAACGGACGUGGGGGUGCAGGCGCCUGGGCAGGCCGGGGCAGUGCGAUAUGGCUUCAGGUGGAUUUAGGAGACAUAAAACACAUCACUGGCACCGUCACCCAGGGUCGACACUGGAAUCAUGCCCAAUGGGUGACCUCCUACAAACUACAGCACAGUACAGACGCAACACGUUGGACGACAUAUGCAGACAGCGAUGGCUCAGAUAAGGUCUUUCCAGGCAACACGGACAUGCGCACUCCUGUAACUAGCAUGCUUUGUGAACCCAUCGAGGCCCGGUAUGUGCGUCUUCUUCCCCAGACUUUUCAUGGUGACACGUCAAUGAGGGUGGAAAUUCUUGGCUGCAGCAAAUACGGUUGACGCAGUGGUUAACCACAUCACAUCCGGGUCCUCGCGGUGCCCGUGACACCUGACUAUACUGUGUUCAUUACACAAACUUUCUAAGAAGUAAAUGGUUCAUUAUCUACGUAAUGCUAUGUCUAUUCCUACUGUAUCUGUAUGUUGAAUCAUGUUCAGACAAGGGAGGA